CUCUGGUGUUAUGUGGAGUACGCCGCGCGAACCAUUUAGAUCCGACCCUCCACAAGACGAGUGAGAUUCCACUUUACGCGUGACUUAAAAUAAGCAUGUUUUUACCCAAGAACUCUGAGGGUUUAACGAAAACAUAACUUAGUGCACCUGACAAAAAAACAGAACAAGAAAAUAAAAUGGACUUUAAGGACAAUAAUCAAAGUCUGCUGCUGAACACGCACGGCGGGACACCUCCCGCCAAAGUGAUCUUCGGCAUCGGCGUGGACAACCUGAUCUCCCUCCUGGUGUUCGCCCUAGUGUUCGUGCUGGGCGUGCUGGGCAACUCCGCCGUGAUCACGGUGCUCGCGCGCAGCAAACCGGGCCGCCGGCGCGGCACCACCAACGUGUUCAUCCUCAACCUGAGCGUGGCCGACCUGUCCUACCUGCUCUUCUGCGUGCCAUUCCAGUCCACUAUCUAUAUGCUGCCCACGUGGGUGCUCGGCGCAUUCAUCUGCAAGUUCAUCCACUACUUCUUCACCGUGUCCAUGCUGGUCAGCAUCUUCACGCUGUCCGCCAUGUCCGUGGACCGCUACGUGGCCAUCGUGCACGCGCGCCGGUCCUCGUCCAUCCGCGUGGUGCGCCACGCCACCCUGGGGGUGGUGGUUAUCUGGGCUCUGUCGCUGGGCAUGGCGGCGCCCGUGGCGCAUUACCAGAGCAUCGUGGAGAGCGGGGACAACAACACGUACUGCUGGGACGAGUGGCCCGACCCGCACAAGAAGGUGUACGUGGUGUGCACGUUCGUGCUCGGCUACCUGCUGCCCCUCGCGCUCAUCUCGGUGUGCUACGCCAAGGUUUUAAAUCAUUUGCACAAAAAUCUAAAGAACGUUUCCAAAAAAUCUGAAAUCUCCAAAAGAAAGACCGCUCAGACGGUGCUGGUGGUGGUGGUGGUGUUCGGCCUGUCUUGGCUGCCCCACCACGUCCUCCACCUUUGGGUGGAGUUCGGCCACUUCCCCCUCAACCAGGCCUCCUUCUACUUCCGCAUGCUGGCGCACUGCCUGGCCUACAGCAACUCCUCCGUCAACCCCGUCAUCUACGCCUUCCUCUCGGAGAACUUCAGGAAGUCAUACCGCCAGGUGUUCCGCUGCUGCCGGGGUCCCGCCGCCGCCGCCGCAGUGAGCCGCGGUCCUCGGCUGGACGACAAGGGCGGCAUCCGUUGCAGCCGUGCCAACACCACGCCGUUCACGGGGAGUCGUGAGUUGGUGUAG